AUGAAUACAGCAAAAGCUCUUCGUUUAAAAAACAAAAUAAACUGGACAUCCAACCAAUUUCUCUUCCAUCCUCGAAGAAAUCAAACACCUACUUACGAUUUAAAUGCUUUAACAACAAUUGAACAUUAUAUGCAAAAAUCAUUGUCUGAUAUAACAAUUAAACAUACUCCAAAAAAAGUUGUAAUUCAACAAUAUUAUUAUACUAAUCCAAUACCAACACAACGUCGUGGACUUGAAGAUAUUGAUAAUGAUUCCGUAACAGAAAAAACUAAUAAAGAUAUACUUAAUCCAAUGGCUUUAGAUAAACUUAAAGAACGUUUAUCUAAAUUAUACAACAAAGACGUCGAAUUUAAUUUAAUUAAACAACAUUAUCCAUACCUUAAUAGUAAAAUAUUGGCUCAAUACAUCGCUUUAAACGCUUCGCGUUAUAGAUUUAGACAAAUUCGGCGUUCACUUUUCAAAAAGAUUCCAUUGGUUGGUGAUAAUCAACAAAAAAAUAAUCUAAAUUCUACUUCUGCACUUAAGUGGAUUCAAUUAUCACGUUUAGGCCAACAAAUUUUACCAACUCAUCUUACUGGUGUGAAAAUACAAAUUUCUGGUAGAAUGAGUCUUCGUAAAGGUUCUGCUAGAACUAGUGUAAUCAAUAAAUCUAUAGGUAGUUUUAGAUUUCAUUCUUUAGAGAAUACUAUGAUUGAUUAUGCAAAGGUUGAACGUAAAAAUCAAAAUGGUGCUUAUUGUGUUAAGGUUUGGCUUAGUUCUUCUGUAGUUACAUAA